AUGAGCUUUGGCUUCGGCGUGGGUGAUUUCAUAGCGGUCUUCGACAAGGCAAAGAAGUACAAAGACCGCUUUAGAGACGCUCCAGAUCAUUUGGACUCUCUCAAUCGCGAAAUCACGGCACUUUGCGCAGUGCUCCAGGGCAUUGAUCUCAUCAAGGACGAUUUGGACGACUAUGAAACCCACGCCCUGGAGGCCCCUGUGAGGGAGUGUUCGAAGCUUCUGAACGAAAUCGAGAGUUUAUUCAAAGCCGAUGAUCAUUCGAGUCAGCAGUCUAAAGUCAGCAGGCUCAAGCGCAUCAAAUUAGACGUGGAUCAGGUACAGAAGCUCCGACUGAGAGUUUCGCUGAAUGUUCAGCUUCUACAUGUUGUAAAACAGUUCAAAGACAGCCAUGCCAUCAAAGUCAUUAGAGACCAAGUGAGUACUUUGAAAGACGACUCCGCGAACCAACAGAGACAAAAGAUUCUCGAGUGGCUUGACCGCGACAACUACUACCCACAAUACCGGAAGCACCUCGAACGAAGACAACAAGGCUCUUGUCAGUGGUUUCUAGAGUCAACCGGUGUUCAGACAUGGAUAGCCAACGAGGGCGAUGGUCUUCUAUGCCACGGUAUACCGGGUUGUGGCAAGACCGUCAUAUCAUCGAUUGUAAUCGAUCACCUGUUUCGGCAAUUUGGGCGCGAAAAAGAUAUCGGCAUAUUGUUCAUUUUCUGCGAUGCUUAG